AUGGCUUCAUUAUUGUCACUGCCACCAGAAAUCUUCAGUGCUGUUCUUGAUGACGUUCCCGGCCGCGAUCUCAUCAACUUACGCCUCGUCUGCCGCCAUACAAGUGCACUAUCAAGCCAUCACUUCGGACUAAAAUGCCUAAAGGAUCUAUCUUUUAUCUGGUCUCCUUACAGCUUGCAAGGAUUGCUAGAUCUUAGCAAGCAUCCAUUCGGUCGAUACGUCAAGCGCUUAAACUUUGCAACUCAUUUCAUCUAUACGGAAAAACUCACGGGAGAUCCUGAGGAACAGCGGGAUGCGAGAAUGAGAGGCAUAUUCGAGCAGUGGGAUGAAAGAAACGACCUGCUAGUACAAGCACUGAAAAAUCUGCAAAAGUCGGGUGUUCAACCUGUGUUUGGUGUUUUCGACGUACCUUGGAAUCUCUUGGAUACACGGAACGACAGCAAAAGCGACGUAAGGAGGUAUGGAUAUGGAUAUGAGAAGUUCUAUGGUGUUGCCAGAUCAGAUGGUUUGUAUGGAGAAUCCGUCGGCACAGCUGAGCCGCGUNCCGCCUUUGUUCACGCAAUCGAGUAUGUCCUCAAAGCUGCGCAACGAGCCGAGAUUCCUGUCAGAGCAUUCCACAUACAUCGGGAAAUAGGCACACAACACAAACAGGACGAACUCCAGAUGCUUCGAGAACAGUAUCUAUUAGCCAAGCCUGGCGAACUGCGACCAGACUUUGAGAUCACAGCCACAGUCUUGUUUUUCGAAGCCAAAAACGAACCAGGCUACAUGUCCAAAGUCUAUAUCGACACCAAACGACUAAGGUAUGAAUACUGCACAUCACCAACAGAGGGUGUAGCCUGGCCCACACAAUCCCGCGCCAACUUCGACUGGUACGGUACCUCUCUACAUCCUCCACUCAACCAAGGGCCCAGAGACAUGAACCACUGCUUCCGAGAAAUCAGCAUAACGAUGUGCGAUGCGUCUCUCAAUUCUCUGUUUGACUUUCUGCUCAGCCAAAGAAAAUCCUUACGGGUACUCCAUCUGGAACAAAUUACCAUGCGCAACUUCAGAGACGAUUCUGACGAAGUUGUGCAAUUCUUUAAUAUGCUGAAGAACCGUUUAUCACUCGAGUAUCUAAAGAUGGCACGGUUGAGCAGUAAAGAUGAUAGAUCGAGAUUGAUCGGUGGCCAUGACGAUACGUGGACUAGCAGAGAGGAGAUUGAAGAGGGUUUGCAGGUGUACAUUGAGAGAGAAGAGAACGAUGAGUAUUCGGUUGAUGAGGAAUGGAAUAGUGAUGACGAGGGCGAGUGGAUAUCCGUGCACCAUUCUGAAAAUGAAGAUGAAGAAGAAGUCUGGCCUGGAACCUCACAGAAUGAGGAUGGAGUAACGACAGAACAGCCAGAUGCAGGAGAUGAAGAAGGCUCUGAAGCAUAA